AUGCGCAAACCAGUCGCCUAUGAAUUGUGGUUGGAGACGAAGAUUCACGAGAGAAUUCUUGACUACACGGGAAGAGUGAGGAUUGUCUUGAGAGCUCUGGAACCAGCCAAUAUCAUAACAAUCAACUCAGAGGAACUCCUGAUAGAAAAUCACACACUGCUUGAUCACCUAGGCAACAAUGUGAAAAUAACUUAUAUGGAAAAAUAUGAAAAUCAGGGAAUUUUAGCUUUCGUUCUUGAAGAUUACCUCAGAAUUGGCCAGAAUUAUGUUCUUGACAUUCUGUUUUCUGGCGUCCUUCAUAACAGUCCUCGUGGAUUUUGUUACACUCGAAUUAUUGAUGAAAAAGGAGAAACAUCUUAUAUUGCCGUUUCCUUUCUACAUAUGACAAAUGCACGAUUAGCUUUUCCUUGUUAUGACGAGCCUCGAUUCCGGACACCUUUCAUCAUUCACAUCACCCAUCAUAACUCGAUGAAAGCAGCUUCAAAUAUGCCAAUUUCAUCAAGCAGUUCUGACGGAUAUGUCAUGACAUCAUUUCAAGAAACAGUGUUAAUGCCCGUAAAUUUAGUGGCUUUCGCUGUGUCUAAAUACAACACAGAAAAAGUGUUCAUUCAGGAAAAAAAUCUUGAAUUGGGAUUCCUUGUUCCGGUUCAUUUGGUAAAUGAAACAGAAUUCGCCACAGAUUUCAUUAAAUUCAUGUUAAACAAGUUCGAAGAGUACAUUGGUGUGGGAUACAAUCUGCCAAAGCUAGAUUCUUUGGUAGUCUCAGAUCUCAUGAAUACUGGAUUAGAAAAUUGGGGCCUCAUGGUUUAUGAUGCCCAGAAUUUCUUGUACAACGAAAGUCACACAAGCACAAGUCAAAAGAUGGAUAUCGCCAGAACAAUAUGUCAUUUACUGACCCAUAACUACUUCGGGAAUAUUGUGGGCAUUGCCUGGUGGAAUCAAGUUUGGAUGAUUGAGGGAUUCGCAUAUUACUUUGAAUACUACUUUGCCCACCAAUACCUCGCUGAAUCACCGUUGGAUGAAGAUUUCGUUACUGAUAUGAUGCAGAGAUACCUUGUCGAAAAUUCAUACAUCACAUCAAGCACACUCAGCAAGUAUGUUGAGACUCGAAGAGAGAUAGGAGAGACCAUCGAAUUUGCAAUGCUGACUAAAGCUGCUGCUGUUUUGCGAAUGACUGAUCACAUGGUUGGAAGAACAACAUUCCAAAAGGGACUUCAGAAGUACAUAAAGGACAUGGCAUUUCAAACUGCUCUUCCAGAAGAUUUCUACAGAUCAAUACAGAAAGCAGUUACAGAGGAUAAAACGGUUCCAGAUGACAUGAAAAUUGAAGAUAUUCUACGUUCCUGGGUAGAUCAGCCAGGAUAUCCCCUCCUCACUGUCAUGAGAAACUAUCAAUCCAACGAGAUUGUUGUUAACCAACAAAGAUUCCUCUCGGCUCGAGAUGAAGUCGAUGUCGACAGGCUCUCCUGGUAUAUUCCACUCUCAAUGAGCACUGCUGCCAAUCCCGACAUGGAAAAUACGAGGCCAUGGACUUGGCUCAGGGGAGGAAAUCGAGAACUUGUGCUCAGGACAACAGAGAACAAGACGUGGUCAUCUGACGAUUGGGUUCUGUUUAAUAUCCAACAAACCGGAUACUACAGAGUCAAUUACGACACGGCGAACUGGAAGUUACUCGCGUCUGAAUUACAUCGCGGAGCUCCUUUCGCCAUUGGAUUGCUGAAUAGGGCUCAGCUCAUUGACGAUUGCUUCAAUCUCGCGUAUUCCGACAUUGUGUCAUUCACCUUGGCUCUGGACAUCAUCAAAUACGUUAGAUACGAGCAAGAGUAUUCAGUUUGGAUCACAGCCAACCGACAUCUUACAAUCAUGAAUCGCAGAUUGGAGGGACCUUCUUAUGCAUUGUAUUUUGGAAGAUUCCUGCAUCAUUUGACAGAGGAGCAUUUUGAGAAACUUGAUGUUUUCGAAAAUGUCAAUGGAAGGGAUUCCUUUAAAAACACUCUGCUUCGACCAAUCAUUGUCGAUCUGGCUUGUCUUGCACGAUCUGCAAAAUGCUUAACAGCAACAAGAACAAUGGUCACAGCCGAAGCUCUCACUGGUCAUGUGCUUGCACCUAUGGAAAGAUCGUCAGUCUACUACUGCCAUGGACUGAAAAAUGCCGAUGAAGUGACAUUUCGGUAUUUCUGGAGAAAACUGAAAACUUUGGCCAUUGAGCAGGAAAGGACUCAUAUUGCUAACUCUCUUGGCUGCUAUCAUAAUUUCAAAUCUCUCUAUUCUCUUCUGCUCGAAACUGCCGAUCCACAUCAAGAACACGCUUUCUAUACAAAUCUUGAGAGAUUUCAAAUUCUAAUUGUGACCAUUAGAAAUGGACAUGUGAAUGCAGUAUUGAAAUUUAUCCGAGAGAAUCACAGGAACAUCUCUAAAACUUACACUUUCAACAUUCGAAUGGAACAGGCUUUGAAAGAAAUUGCAGACUAUUUACAUGAAAACGACCAACAAGAAUUUGUCGACGUUCUGACUAUUUUACAUAAUGCGGAUCACAUCAACAUUAAUUUGGUUGAGAGGCUCAAAAUGGACAUGGAAUAUCAUCACACAUGGGUGAAAGAGAAUAAAAUGAAAAUUGAGAAUUGGAUCGCGGAAUAUUUCCAGCCGACUUCUGAGAAUUCAGCUGUGUGCCAUUUUAUCUACGUUUCGUUGAAUCUGAUUGCUGUCGAACCAGUCGCCUAUGAAUUGUGGUUGGAGACGAAGAUUCACGAAAGAAUUCUUGACUACACGGGAAGAGUGAGGAUUGUCUUAAGAGCUCUGGAACCAGCCAAUGUCAUAACAAUUAACUCAGAGGAACUCCUGAUAGAAAAUCAUACGCUGCUUGAUCACCUAGGCAACAAUGUGAAAAUAUCUUAUAUGGAAGAAUUCAAAGCUGUUGGUAUUGUAGCAUUCGUUCUUGAUGAAUUCCUUAGAGUUGGCCAGAAUUACAUACUGGAUAUUCAUUUCCUGGGAAUCCUUCAUAGUGUCGCGAAAGGAUUCUGUUACAGCCGCUAUGUGGAUGACCAGGGAGACAUUUCUUAUUACGCCACUUCGUUUUUAUAUGUGACAAAUGCACGAUUAGCUUUUCCUUGUUACGACGAGCCUCGAUUCCGGACACCUUUCAUCAUUCACAUCACCCAUCAUAACUCUUUGGGGGCAGCUUCAAAUAUGCCAGUAGCUACUAUAACAAACAAUUCUGAUGACACUGUAACUACAUCCUUUCAAGAAUCAGUGACGAUGUCUGUGAAUUUGGUGGCUUUCACAGUGUCGAAUUUUAAAGCCAGGAAAAUAUACAUUGAGAAUAAGAAUUUGAAUAUAAGCAUCCUCGUACCGAAACAUCUUAUCAAUGAAACUGAUUUUGCCAUGGAUUGCAUUACAUUCAUACUGAACAAAUUUGAAGAAUUUCAUGGCGUGGGAUACAAUCUACCGAAGCUUGAAUCAGUCGUUGUCAAUGACUUGCUACAAUCCGGAUUAGAAAGCUGGGGCCUUAUGGUAUUCGACACUAAAUAUCUUCUGUACAAUGAAAGCCUAACCACACCGAGUCAGAAGAUGGACAUUGCCAAGACAAUAUGCCAUGUGUUGACCCAUAACUACUUUGGAAAUGCUAUUGGGUUGUCUUGGUGGAAUAAUAUUUGGAUGAUUGAGGGCUUUGCAUACUACUACGAAUAUUAUUUUUCCAAUCUCUACCUUGAGGACUUUCCAAUGACUGAAUUCUUCAUAACAGAAGUUACGCAGAGAUAUUUUGUUGAUAAUUCCUUUCUUCUAUCAACCUCGCUUAGCAAAUAUGUGGAAGCUCGUAGAGAUAUUGAGAGUACAUUCAACUUUGCAAUGCUUAACAAAGCUUCCGCUGUAAUCCGAAUGUGCGAUCAUUUUCUGGGAAGAGAAACCUUCAGAAAAGGACUUCAGAAAUAUAUAAAGGAUAUGUCAUUUAAAAUUGCGGAGCCAGAAGACCUAUAUAGAAAUAUUCAGGAAGCAGCAGAUGAAGAUACCGCUCUUCCUGGGGAUAUCAAAGUAGAGAAUGUCUUCCGAUCCUGGGUAGAUCAGCCAGGAUUUCCCCUCCUCACCGUCAUGAGAAACUAUCAAUCCAACGAGAUUGUUGUUAACCAACAAAGAUUCCUCUCGGCUCGAGAUGAAGUCGAUGUCGACAGGCUCUCCUGGUAUAUUCCACUCUCAAUGAGCACUGCUGCCAAUCCCGACAUGGAAAAUACGAGGCCAUGGACUUGGCUCAGGGGCGGAAAUCGAGAACUUGUACUCAGGACGACAGAGAACAAGACGUGGUCAUCUGACGAUUGGGUUCUGUUCAAUAUCCAACAAACUGGAUACUACAGAGUCAAUUACGACACGGUGAACUGGAAGUUACUCGCGUCUGAAUUACAUCGCGGAGCUCCUUUCGCCAUUGGAUUGCUGAAUAGGGCUCAGCUCAUUGACGAUUGCUUCAAUCUCGCGUAUUCCGACAUUGUGUCAUUCACCUUGGCUCUGGACAUCAUCAAAUACGUUAGAUACGAGCAAGAGUACUCAGUUUGGAUCACAGCCAACCGACAUCUUACAAUCAUGAAUCGCAGAUUGGAGGGACCUUCUUAUGCAUUGUAUUUUGGAAGAUUCCUGCAUCAUUUGACAGAGGAGCAUUUUGAGAAACUUGAUGUCUUUGAGAACGUAGACGGAAAAGAUACAGUAAGGACAACCUUUCUGCGACCAAUAAUUGUCGAUUUGGCCUGUCGUUCUGGGUCUAGAAGAUGUUUGAUUGCUACAAGAAUUAUGGUUACAGCCGAAGCGUUGACUGGUCACGUUCUGGCACCUCACGAGAAACCUUCAGUCUACUAUUGUCAUGGUCUUAAGAAUGCUGACGAGAGAACUUUUAUGUUCUUCUGGAGGAAAUUGAAAACUUUAACCAACGAACAGGAAAGGACUCAUAUUGCUAGUUCUCUUGGCUGCUAUCAUGAUUCAGACCAGUUGUAUUCUCUUCUCCUGGAAACUGCUGAUAUAAAUUCGGACGUUGAUUACUAUACAAAUCUCGAUAGAUUUCAACUAUUUCUUAGUGCUGUAAGAAAUGGACACGUUACAACUAUACUUAAAUUCUUGCGUGAGAAUUAUGAAGCAAUUUUCCAACUUUACACCUUCAGUAUGCGUAUGGAGCACGCAAUAAAGGAAAUUGUGGGAUAUUUGUCAGAAGAGACCCAAGAAGAGUUUGUAAAUGUGCUGAACAUUUUACUAGAAGCCGGAUAUAUUGAUUCCAAUUUGGUCGAGAGAUGCAUUAUUGACAUGCAUUAUCAUCGCACUUGGGUGGAAGAGAACAAAAACACAAUUGAACAGUGGAUUGGGGAAUACUUCCAGCCGGUGCUUGAAAAUACCGCCACAAACAAUUUAUUCUACCCCACAGUGUUGUUCAUCUCAAUUGGGCAAACACUGUCACGAAUCUUCUAA